AUAGACAACAAGAACUUUUGAAUAAAAAUUGUGUUUAGUUUUCAAUGAUUUUUUGGUGUUUAAUGAUUUAAAAUGGCUAAUUUCAAGUUUAAUAUACCCUCGAAACUAGUAGAGCUAUUAACGGAGGCAGACGAAAGUGAUUAUCACGUUAAAAAUGUUAUUGUUACUAGAGAACUUCUUGGGAAGCUCAAAGAAGCUAGGCAGACAUUCAGGGAUGAGGGACCAGAAUUUAUUAUAGACUAUUUUGAUGUAUACUAUUCAGUUUUACAUAAUGAAGGCAGCAUACCAAUGGACGUGCUUUUCAAUUCCUAUAAAGAUCUGCAAACAGCUGCUACUGAUCUCAGUAAAAUACUCGCAAUUUCACUUGAAGAUAAGUCAAUGCUAGAUGAUGAAUUAAAACAAAAAUAUCAGAAUAUAAUAAAAAUGCUAAUGUACGUUUACACUCAGACAAUAUUGUUGAUAGAACAUAAAAAUGUUGUAUCAAUUAAAAAUCAAGGUCUGUUAAAAGGACGAAAUAAACAAAAAGACGAAACAGCUUAUAGUUUAAAUAAAUCACUGAUCUUACAAACCUUAAAUAAGAUAAUUUAUGCUGACAUAGAAACAUUUUGGGACCCGCCAGUUGUUGAAGAAAAUUUGAUCAACAUUAUUGCAGAGGUUUGUUACAAGCUCUUGGCCAAUCCUCAAGUUAAAGCUGAAAAAGAAAUCAGAGAGGAAAUUUUUAAUGUCAUUGGUACCCUGAUAAAAAAAUACAAUCUCAGUACAACUUUUGCCAUCAGAAUGUCGCAAAUGAUAAAAGACGAAGAACACCUAAUUCAGUGCGUGUCAGAAGGAUUAAAGCAAUUGGUUGAAAAAUUCAAUUGCAAAGGUUUGAUUCCUGCCAUCAUUAGAGAAAUUACAGAAUGGCAAACUGAAGAGAAAUUUCAGGAUAGCCAGGGUUCCAAGUUUUGUGCUCAAUUUUUAACUGCAAUGGCUAUCUCAAUGUCUGAUCUUAUGUUACCGCAGCUUAUGUACUUGUGCCAAUAUUUAAAUCAUGAGUCGGUUCCAUUGAGAAAUUCCGUAUUAAAUGUAAUCACCGAAAUCAUCAUCAACGUGUUAUCUGGACGCGUACUUGACACAAACCAGCAGGAAUGCCUGGACGUAUUCAUGACCAUUCUAAAACAACAUAUGUGGGACACAUCAGCUCAUGUCAGGUCUCGAGUCAUGCAACAUUGGUCCAGGUUGCUAAAAGAAAGCGCGAUACCAAAAUAUUUGAUCAACGAGCUGCUCGAGGACAUUGUCAAAUACAUGUUGCACGACAAAUCGGCUUUGGUGAGAAAAAACGCAGCACACUGUGUGACGGAUUUUCUAUCCUACAAUCUAUGUGGCUCAGAUUUGUGUUUGAGUCGGAAGAUGGCAGAUUUGGAAAGCAACAGGCAAGAGUUGGAAAAGUUACAGCCGAAGGUAGAUGAGGCUAAAUUGUUGAAAGCUCAGGAGGUGGAAGCUAACUGGAAGGAAGUUGAGCCUGACUUAAGGAGACUUGCUUUGGAAGCACUAAAUGAAAACGAUGAAGAAGAUAACCAAAAUGAUAAUGAAGGCAACCAAAAUGCACAACAACAAGCAAAUAAUACAGAAUUGAUCCGUAUGUAUUUGGCUGAACGUAAAUAUAAGGAUGCAUUUCAGCUUUUGAAAAAAACUACAAACUUUGAUGAUGAGAAUAAUGAAAAAGACGAUGAAGAUAUGGAAAUGGUGGACAAAUUCAUGGCACACAUAAAGAAUAUUUUCUUUGGAUUGAGCUUAGAUGAAAUUCGCAGUCGAGGUCUUACUAGUGGAGAUUUUAUCUUAACUCAAGCUGAUUUCGAAAAAUUUGAACAGUUGGAGAAAAAUAAAGAUUUUCUAACAGAAUGCGUUAACUUUGGAAAACUAAUUGAUGACGCAAUCGAAGUGAUGACAGAACUGCUUGAAACUACUAGUAUCACAGAUAUGCAAGAAGCCGUUGCAUUUUUCGUUACCGCCUAUCGAUUCAACAUUGAUAAUUCUGCACAGGGAAUAAUGGCGAUGCUAAAAAUGAUGCAGAGAAACGAGCAAGACCGUAAAGAUAUGAUUGUUAAAGCUUUUAAAGAUAUAUAUUUAAACACAAGCUCUUCAACUACUGCAGAACACGCCUCAACAAUUGUGAACAGGCUUAUAGGCCUAUUGAAAAAAGUGGAUAGUGUCAACAUGGAUAAUUUGGAAUCGAUCGUUACUCAUAUGGUCGAAGAUGGUGCUAUAUGCAAUAACGUCAUUGAUAUGCUGUGGCAAUAUUUCACUAGAAAGAUCUCGGUAACUGACGAACAAUGUCACGCUAGUGUUGAAUUGUUAACUAUGUGCGCUAUAAAAAGAAGAACAAUUAUUGAAAGGAAUGUCAAAUUGGUUACUUCUAUUGCAUUUGAUGAGUUUGGCCAAAGAAAUAUGGGAUUUUUGGGUAGCUGUUGCGCUUUCCUUGCUUUAAUAGGCAGAAACCGAAUCAAUACUACUUCAGAGAAUCCUCCAUUUAAAAUUGCAUCGGAUGAUACAAUUUUUAAGGAAUUAUUUGCCAUAUUAUCAAACAAUUUUUUCAAACCAGUUGAGUUUUAUCACCAUGCUUUGUCUAAAGCUAUUGAAUUUGUUUAUAAGGUAAGCGGUCAACCGGAUCAACUUUGUGGACAAUUUAUCAAAGAGGUUGUUGAAAAGUUAUCAAAAAAAGAUAUGAUUCCUGGUUAUGUACUGAUGCACUUAUGUCAAUUAAUGGGUAUAGUGGCUGUUCAACAUUUGGACUAUCUAGAUGAGACUGUGUAUAAAGAACUGAAAAGAAGAGACUAUAUCCGUAACAACAAGAAAGAGCAGCAGGAAACAGAUAAGGGUAAAAGCAAAAAGAAAAACAAGAAGAAACAAAAUGCUUCAAAAAAUAAUCAGAGUACACUUACCAAUGCAUCUAGUGUAACUGAUGCAGCUAAUCAUGAAGAGAGUAUUUUGGAAGGUGCUCAAGCUGAAGAUGAAGAUGCCGAGUUUAUUCUACGCGUUUUGGAACGAGACACGGUCACAAAUUCUGGUUUAUUAGCACAGUUAGCUCCAGUUAUCAUUAACAUUUGUGAAAAACCGGAAAUUUUUCCCGAGGUUUGUUUGCAAGGGGCAGCAGUUACCGCUCUUAUCAGAUACAUGUUGGUAUCGAGUGAGUUUUGCGUAAAUAAUAUCCAAUUAUUAUUUACAAUAUUUCAAAAAACCAAACAUUCCGACAUUAAAGUUUCUAUAUUAGUUCAUUUGUCAGACUUGUUAACGAAGUUCCCCAAUAUCAUUGAGCCUUGGACGUCACAUAUUUUUGAAAGGUUGAUGGAUCCAUCGAUCGAAAUCCGUAAGGCCACCUUCUUUACACUAUCAGGUCUAAUCCUUCGGGACAUGAUAAGAGCCCAUUCCUCCAUUCAUCUAAUGGUUAAUAGUUUAAUAGAUACUGAUGAAGAGCUGAGCAGCAUGUGUCGAAAAUUCUUCCAAACUUUGGCUCAAAAAGAAGACAAUCUAUACCAUGUUUUACCUGAUAUAUUUUCCUAUUUAAUGGAAUCACAAGAAAUCACAGAUGACCAAGUCAAAUAUAUUAUGAAAUUCCUCUUCGAGUUGAUGGACAAAUCGAAGCACAUGGAAAAUCUGGUGGAAAGAUUCUCUGCAAAAUUCGGAGCCACUGAAAACAUACGUCACCACAGACACAUUGCCAACUGCUUAUCGUUUGUAGUUUACAACGAUAGAGCGCUGCGGAAAUUGCUGGAAAAGUUCGAUUUGUAUAAAAAUUUGGUGCACGAUCCGGAGAUUUAUGGCAUUCUUAAAAAUAUUAUGCAGAGUUGUACCAAGCAGCAAGUUGGAAAAACAGAUCUGAAGCCAAUUGUAGCAGAAUUGGAAAAAUGCAUUAAUUCUAUGUUUGAAUUGAAUGGAGAUGCUCGACCCAUGAGACCGCCUCCAAAGUCUGCCAAAAAACGAGUUGUCCGUAAAAAGAAGGGCAGAAAAAUGCCAGACAGUGACGAAGAUGAUGACUAACCAUUUUAUGUCAUAUCAUGUAUAUUUAUUAUUUUUAUUUAGUACAUUACUAUUUGAAUAAGAUUCUCUUAAAUAUAUUUUUAUUUUAUGAUAUUGUUUAGUUAAAAAAAUGCUAAUUGUUUAUAUUUUUAAUAAUUUGUAAAUUUUCAAAUACAUAGUUUUUUAAAUAAAAAAAUACAAAUAUGAUAUGACUGCGAUGUUAUUUUGAUGAAUUUGUAUAUGGCCUUUGAAAAUAUGAGGUAGGUACAUAAUUAAACAAUGAUAAAAGUUCUAAAGCAGACUCACAUUUAAGAUAAAAUUACACUUUCUAAUCAUUGGUCUUUAGUUUUUCUUAAAUCUGCCAUGAAAUGCUAGCAAAACAGCUGUGUGAACACUAUACAACAACCUUUCCUUAAAAAACUGAAAAACGUUAAAAAAACUAGGCUAAUUAUAGUCAGAUAUAAAAUCAAUUUUAUGGUAAAAUGACGAUCUCUCCAGUCGUUUAAAUCGUUAACGUAUAAAAAUCUAUUUCUAGCGUGUUCUGGAAGCUCGAAUUUACUUGGAUUUGGAAACAUGGAUAAAUAAAAAUCGUACAAGAUGGCUCUGAUUAGUUCGUUUUCGUUAGGUUUUGUUCCGUCGAGGUUAUCGUUUAGGCAUACAAAUUU